AUGAUUGGCUUCUCCAGAAUCCUGCUUCCUCUCUGCCUUUCCUUUACGGUCAACGGGCUCCCCCACGAUCAAAUCAAGCCGCGCGCCAAUCUCCCGGCGGCAUUCUUCCUUGCGGGAGACAGCACAACGGCUACAGGCGGUGGCUGGGGAGAUGGAUUCCUCGCCUCGACCCUCGUCAAUGGAGCUUGGGGUACAAAUUUUGCGAAAGGUGGCGCCACCACUGUAAGCUUUCGCAACGGCGGCUAUUGGGCUUCAACCAUCGAGGCGGUCAAGAAUGUCUCGGCAAAUGGACAGUAUACUCCGUGGGUGACGAUUCAGUUUGGCCACAACGACCAGAAGGCUGAGGCGGGCAUCUCGAUUGAAGACUUCUCUGCCAAUCUUGGUGCUUUCGUCGAUGAGGUGCGCGAGGCGGGCGGCAAUCCGAUUUUGGUUUCCUCCCUGUCUCGUCGUGGCUACGAAGGGGACCCUGAGCGCAUCGUCGAGAAUCUGGCCAAUGAGGCGGCUGCAGCUCUGGCGGUGGCGAACGAGAAGGGGGCUCUGUCCAUCGACCUGAACAGGGCAUCGACCGACUAUCUGAAUGCGAUUGGAAGUGCAAACGCUUGGACGUACAACCUGGCCUCAAACGAUCGAACGCACUUGAAUGCAGCUGGAGAGGUUGUGUUUGGGAACAUGGUGGCCUGGCUGCUUGGCAACAGCGCCGAGGGCGAGACGCUGAAACAGUCGACUGUGGCGGGCGAGGCCUAUGUGGAGGCGUUCGAGAACGGCGUCUUCAUCGCCGAGUGA